AUGUUGUAUCUAACACAAGACGAAUUGAAGAAAGCGAAGAACACACUGAUGAAGAUGGUGCAGUGGCAAGCAUAUCCGGAAGAGAUGGUCACAUUGUCGAGGGGACAAGCGGAACUAGCGAAGUCAAGUAAUCUGUAUCAGAACACUCCAACAGUGGAUGAAUACGGGGUGCUACGGAUUGACGGAAGAAUUGGCGCUGCUUCGCACAUUCGAUUCGACACUAGAGCGACUGCAGACACCUACAAAGCUCUUCAACUUCACAUCUUCGUCGACGCGAGUGAAGCCGCGUUUUCCGCCGUAGCCUACUUCAGAACGGCCAAAUUUGAGAGUGAAGCUGAGUGCUCGUUGGUUGCUGCAAAAACAAAGGUUGCGCCACUGAAACCGCUCUCGAUUCCGCGUUUGGAGCUGCAAGCAGCGGUCUUGGGGAGCCGUUUAAUGACAACCGUCUUGGAGAGUCACACCGUUGAAGUGAAGCGAUGCGUUCUCUGGAGUGAUUCCGCAACGGUACUGGCCUGGUUACGGGCCGAUCAUCGUCGUUAUAAGCAAUAUGUGGCGUGUCGCGUUGGAGAACUGCUAUCAAUAACUGAGGUUGCACAGUGGCGCUGGGUCCCCAGUAAAUUAAAUCCCGCGGAUGCGGCUACGAAAUGGGGCAAGAAUCCGUGUCCUGGAACUGGUGACGUCUGGUUUAAAGGCCCGGAAUUCCUUCAACAACCCGAGGAGAACUGGCCCAAGCAGACAACAACUUCUAUUCCUCCAGAAGAGGAGCUCCGACCAUGCUACAUAAUACAACAAUCGCUUCUCCCUGAAGCUAUCGUGGAGUUUACACGCUUCUCUAAAUGGCGUCGUCUCCUGGGAGCAAUAGCGUACGUACACCGCUUCAUUGACAACUGUAGACGCCGAUGUAGAGGAGAAGAGGCAGAAAUGUUGUAUCUAACACAAGACGAAUUGAAGAAAGCGAAGAACACACUGAUGAAGAUGGUGCAGUGGCAAGCAUAUCCGGAAGAGAUGGUCACAUUGUCGAGGGGACAAGCGGAACUAGCGAAGUCAAGUAAUCUGUAUCAGAACACUCCAACAGUGGAUGAAUACGGGGUGCUACGGAUUGACGGAAGAAUUGGCGCUGCUUCGCACAUUCGAUUCGACACUAGGUAUCCGGUAAUCCUCCCAAGGAAACAUUUUGUUACCGAACUGAUCGUAGAUUACUUCCAUCGUGCUUUCGGUCACGCUAAUUUUGAAACCGUGGUGAAUGAAAUCCGGCAAUUCUAUCACAUCUCUCGACUGCGGACAGUUGUGAAGCAGAUUGCUGCUGCGUGUCAGUGGUGCAAAUUGAUGAAGGCGAAACCGACUGUUCCACGAAUGGCACCACUCCCAGUGGCUCGAUUAGCAUCGUUCACACGACCAUUUACUCACACCGGUAUUGAUUUGUUCGGACCGCUGUUUGUGAAAGUUGGAAGAAGCGCAGUUAAACGUUGGGUUUGCUUGUUCACUUGCUUGACUACUCGUGCAGUUCAUGUUGAGGUUGCCUACAGCCUUUCUACGCCAUCCACUGUGAAAUGCAUCACACGCUUCGUUAAUCGUCGCGGCUCACCGGCAGAGAUUUACACAGACAACGGCACGAACUUUACGGGCGCCGAUCGACUGCUCAGGAAAAUGAUUGACAAAAUAAAUGGGGAAUUGGCAGAAACGUUCACGAACACGAAUACAAAGUGGGUCUUCAUACCUCCAUCGGCACCCCACAUGGGCGGAUCCUGGGAAAGGAUGGUGAGAUCGAUUAAGACAGCUAUGGAGACUGCGUACUGCAACGACCGGAAGCUGGAUGAUGAGGGUUUGGUUACGCUGGUUGUCGCGGCCGAGGCUAUUGUUAACAGCCGACCGCUCACAUAUUUGCCCUUGGAUGCAGACGAAGGAGAGGCUCUCACGCCAAACCACUUCCUCCUGGGAAGUUCCAACGGAGUACACCAGCCGUCAACAGAAUUUACUGAUUCUUCGCUGGUGGUCAAAAGCUCCUGGUAUCAGAUUCAACACCAACUGGAUAUUUUUUGGAAGCGUUGGAUCCGGGAAUACCUCCCUACGUUGACCAAACGAACGAAAUGGUUUGGCGAAACGAAACCUUUAGCCAUAGGAAAUCUGGUUCUUAUAGUGGAGGAGACAAGAAGGAAUGGAUGGGUGCGUGGACGUGUCCUGGAGGUCGUAGCUGGAAAGGACGGAAGAGUCCGGCAAGCUGUAGUUCAGACUGCGAGGGGGAUUCUGCGUAGGCCAGUAUCAAAGUUGGCAGUGUUGGAGGUUGAGACUGGUGGUAAAACUGACUCCGGUGGCCAGUGUUACGGGGGGGAGGAUGUUGCGGAUGGGAACCCUGCUCCGCAGCACCCGUUUCGGGUCGAUGAGGUAACGAAAAUGACAGAUGAUGAACGGAUAAAAAGUCAGAAACAGGAACAAAAGAAGUGA